AUGCCGAACCCGGUCCGUCGACCGCGGCUUCAAGGCCUCAAGAACCCCCCAAAGCGCCAACCAGGACCGCCUAAGACGGCCAAGUCUGCACAGCCCGAGAAGCCCAAGUGUCCCAAUUGCAAUGCCGAAAACUUGGAGCUGGUGGGCGACGCGCUGGUCUGCCAGAACUGCUUCACUGAAGCAGACCGCACACUGAUUGUUGCCGAAGUCCAAUUCAAUGAGGAUGCCGGUGGGCGAGCGACUGUUCAGGGUGGCAUGGUAGCUGAAAACGCACGCCACGCGAAAACCAUGGGCGGAGCGCCCGUCAUGCGCAAGAUUGGCGGUGGCGAGAGGAAUACUGCAGCAGACAUUCAAAACCAGGGUCGGCGUAUCCUUUCGGGUCUGUGUCCAAAACUUGGUAUCGAGGAAUUCAUCCAGAUUCAAGCCGAGCAGAUCUGGGGUCUUGCUGCAGGCAUCAACUUUUCGGCCGGUCGGAAGACCGAUGAAGUCGCAGGUGCUUGCCUCUAUGCGGCUUGCCGUCGUCAAAAGGACAACCGGAUAUUACUGAUGGACAUCGCCGAACUUCUCAAGAUCAACGUCUUUAGAAUCGGAGAGGUGUACAGAGAAAUGUGCAAGGAGUUGUAUCUCACCGGCGACAACGUCGGCCACCAGCACCUCCAAGAGUUGGAGCCUUUGAUCAAGAAGUAUUGCGACAAGCUGCAGUUCGCAGAUAAGACGAAAAUAGUUGCCGAAGAUGCCCUCAAGAUCAUCCGACGAAUGAACCGAGACUGGAUCGUUGCCGGUCGUAACCCAGCUGGCUUGUGCGGCGCCUGCAUCAUCCUCGCUGCCCGCAUGAACAACUUCCAACGCAGUGUUCGGGAAGUGGUCUACGUCUCCAAAGUUGCAGAUGUCACCAUUGCCAAGCGAGUCGAAGAAUUUCGUCGAACAAGGAGUGCUGGGCUUUCGGUCGACAUGUUCCGACAAUAUGCCAACAAGAUCAAGCAUCAACAUGAUCCGCCUUCGCUGUAUCUCAGUAACCAGAGAGAAGAAAUCAUGGAGAAGCGGCGACAACGUCGAGCAGAUCAUAUGCGCGCACAGGAACAGCUUCACGAGUCUCAGGAGCGCCAAUCGCAGCCACCGGUGAUAAAUAUCCCCGAUGAUGCUUCUGCUGCGUCUUCCAGGCUUUCGUCUUUGGAACCAGUCAUCGGAGCUACGGAUCCAAGGGGCAUCCAACGCCAGACACAAGCUGACCCAACACUUUCUGACACGACGGGGCCAGUGCCAACGCCGCCGACCACACAGCCUUCAUCACAACUUGGACCCACAGAACAAUUCUCAGAGCAAGCUAGUUCGCAGUCCACGGGCAAACGGAAAGCUGAAUCACUAGGUCCGUCGGAUGAUGAUGCAGUCCAGGAUGAUCCGUCCCACAAGCGACAGAGGACCGAAGAGGUGUCCUCUUCAAAUGACAAUGUGCCUUCUGAACCAGCUACGCAAGAGUCCACGAAGCGCAAGAGACAGAAUGAGGACGAUGCUCGAGGAUCGCUCGAUGCUUCGCCAGCGCCCAUUCAGGAGAUUAUAAAUGGUUCUUCACAGAAGCGCCCAUGGACAGUUGACCCUUCACCCACUGCAUCACAGCAUAAUGGACGCCUUGGACCACGCUUUGAUGAAGACGGCUUUGCUAUUCCAGCGCUACCCCCACGAGUUGACUCCCCUGAAAUUGAAGCACCCGUACCACGCAAGCGCGGUCGCCCUCCCAAGGAAGAUAGGCCUCCGGAGAUUGACAUCUCCCAAGAAGAGCUUGAUGUUGAGGACUAUCUUGAAUUGGAGAUUGAGAAGGCACUUCAGGAUGGCGAAGUCGAAGAGAACCGGGGAGAAGUAGAAAAUGAAAAGAAGGAGGCAGAAGAGAAGGCCCUCGAAGAAGCGCUCGAGCGAGCGCAAGCCCUUUCCAGGGAGCAGCAAGAAUUGGAAGCAGGCAGGCUCAAAGAGAAGCGGGAGGCAGCGGGGAUGGAUUAUUGGAAUACCGACACUGAUGACCUCGCAUUGGAGUUUGAAAACGAUCCGGAGAUUGAACACUGCUUGCUGAAACCACAUGAAGUAGCCAUCAAGGAAAAAAUCUGGGUUGCGCACAACGAGGAUUGGCUACGUAAGCAGGCUGAGAAGGAAAUGCUUGCUGAGGUCGCGAAAGCUACGAAUCCGAAUGGCAGAGGGCGCAAGAGCAAGAAGGGAGAGAAGGGCGGCAAACGCAAGAAGCGGGGCAAGAUGGGUGAUGGAUCUGUAUUGACGGAGAGCUCCACGCCAAUUGAGAGUCCUGCUGAUGCAACUCUGGCGAUGUUGGAGAAGCACAGACCUCAGAAAUCAGCUCACGUCGACUUCAGCGCGUUGCAGCGCAUCUAUGGACGUCAGACACCAUCUCGUGCCGGCAGCACAACACCUGACGGAAGCGGGUCCUCGAGUGUCGGUGUGACGCCAGCGCCGGGUAGAGAGCAAAGUGCUACCCCGGCUCCAAGUGAGGCAGCUCAGGCAGAGGUCGAGAGUACUGCCAGCCCAGGGGCGACUGCCGACGACCAAGAUGACGAUGUCGAAGAAGAUGUCGGGGCAGACGAAGACCCUUGGAGCGGUCUCGACCAGAAUCCAGAAGCCGAUGAGGACGGAGAUGCCGAAGUCGACUUCAGGAAAGCCAUGUUGACGGAUCAGGUAGCUGAGGACGAAUAUGGCAUGGUGGGAGGUGGUGACUUUGGCAGCUACGAAUCUGAAGACGGUGGUUAUGACGAAUAUUAA